GCAUUUCCUACCCCACGAAUGGCUACUCAGAGGAAGCACUUGGUGAAAGAUUUCAAUCCUCAUAUCACCUGCUAUAUCUGUAAAGGCUAUCUCAUCAAGCCAACUACAGUAACUGAGUGCCUCCAUACCUUUUGUAAGACUUGUAUUGUUCAACACUUUGAAGACAGCAAUGACUGUCCCAGGUGUGGCAACCAAGUGCAUGAGACCAAUCCACUAGAAAUGUUAAGGCUGGAUAACACCUUAGAGGAAAUUAUAUUUAAGCUGGUGCCUGGACUUCGAGAACAGGAACUGCAGCGAGAGAUUGAAUUUUGGAAGAAAAACAAACCUCAAGAAAAUGGACAAGAUGAAAGCCCAAAAGCUGAUAAACCCAAAGGAGAUGAGGAGUAUGAUGAAAAUGAAGAGGAUAAAGAUUAUCACAGGAGUGACCCACAGAUUGCUAUCUGCCUCGACUGUUUACGCAACAAUGGGCAGUCAGGAGAUAAUGUAGUCAGAGGUUUAAUGAAGAAAUUUAUCCGCUGCUCUACUCGAGUGACUGUGGGAACUAUAAAGAAGUUUCUCAGUUUAAAAUUAAAACUUCCAAGUUCUUAUGAGCUGGAUGUACUAUGCAAUGGAGAAAUCAUGGGGAAGGACCAUACGAUGGAAUUCAUCUAUAUGACAAGAUGGAGACUAAGAGGCGAAAAUUUUCGGUGUCAGAACUGCUCAUCUUCGCAAGUCUGCCCACAGGAUGGCACUUUUUAUCAGUCUUACCCUAUGGUACUUCAGUAUCGACCUAGAAUUGACUUCGGUUAG